AUGGAGACGUUACUAGUCAACAUUUCAGAGAGAGUCCUGACUACAUGUGAUAUUGGUGUCCUUAUUAGAGGCUUGGGAUUUGUCCCAUUUGACAAAUUAGAUCUUGAUGUUGAACUGUAUGAAGUUUUUAGAACCUUACGUCUUAAGGUUUUCUUUUCAGAUGACAACUCUAGGAGUGAUUUUCAGCAUGAAGACAACAUGAUGGCCUUCAACCGGGUUGAUCUGUCAAAGUGUAAGAACAAAAGUAAGUUCAUCCUCAGCCACAAAUCCUACGUUGGAAACCUUUAUCAAAUUAUGUCAAUUGGAUCUCUCCAAGAUCAAAUGGUCCCACAAAGGGGACUCAAAUUUGAGUAAGGAUGAAUUGAGUACGCUAAGUACUUUAAGGGGUGAUGAAUAUAUCACUAUCAGGGUUGCGGAUAAGGGUGGUGCCAUAGUUGUUAUGGACACUGAUAAAUAUGUAGGAGAGGCACUCACUCAACUUUCUAACUUGACCCACUAUAAAAAACAGACAGGUGAUCCCACGGAGAAUAUUCAAGGUAGUUUUCGAAGGAUUACCGGUACAUCACGGGCAUUGGAAGAGAAUUUAAUCAAUAACAUUUUUUUUUAUUUAUUGAAUAUCUCCACACCAAGAACACCCUUUCUGUAUCUUCUUCCUAGAUUCACAAGAAUCUUUUGAACCCCCCAGGUAGACCGAUAGUUUCGGGUUGUGGGUCAGUACUACAACCACUGGCACAAUAUGUCGAUUCCUUUUUACAGAUUCUGGUUGUACAAAUGAAAUCAUAUAUACGUGAAACCACAGACUUUUUUAAGCAAAUUGAAUGGAUUACAGUUUUCCUGUUCUAAUACUAUCUUAUGUACAAUGGAUGUGUGUAGUUUAUACAGAUCCAUUCCCUAUGUUUGCGGGAUUGAAGCUGCGGCUUCAUCCUUGGCAAAAUUGCAUAUUGGUUCAGACUUAAGUGAUUUUGUUCUAUCAUUACUUGAACUUGUGUUGACAUGUAAUUUCUUUACAUUUGGCAACGAUUUAUUUUUACAAAUACAGGGCAGCGCGAUGGGGGCCAAUAUGGCUCCAUCUUAUGCCAACUUGUACAUGGCUAAGUUCGAGGAAGAUUUUGUGUACUCGCAUCCCUUGUUUAAACACAUCGUCAUUUGGCUUCGCUAUAUUGAUAAUGUGUUUUUCCUUUGGAAUGGCACGGUAGAAAAUCUGAUGCUAUUCAAAUCUGAUUUGGAUCAAUAUGUCCCAAGUAUCCAAUAUACACUUGAACAUGAUGCAUCCAAUAUACACUGUUUGGACGUGGUAAUAAGUAACACUGUAGAGGGCUUAGCAUUUGAUUUGUUUAGGAAACCCACUGAUACGGUUGCAUUCCUACAGGCCAACUCCUUCCAUCCUUCAAACAUGAUUCAAAGUUUACCAUACAGCCAAUUGCUACAUCUCCGACAGAUUGUAUCCCAGGAGGAGAACUGUUACACACAGGCUCGCAAGAUGUUGGAAAAUUUCCGCUCCAGAGGCUAUAAUGACACCUCUCUACAUCAAGCGUUUGAAAAGGUUAAAAUCAUUGAGAGGACCAACUUAUUGCAAUCACAGGGUAAGAGGAAAACAACCACUAACAGGUUUGUGAGACAUGUCAUUCUUAAGAAUUGGCACGUGUUAUAGAGUGACCCAACCAUCUGUGAUCUUUUUGCAGAGAGACCUAUUAUGGCAUAUAAAACGUCGAGGAAUAUCAAAGCACUGAUAUCUCCUCCUAGAUCUAUUACUCCUUCGAGCAAAUCCUCUUGUCUGGCACUGAUCUCCGGCAUGCGCCGAUGUGGACAUUGUGCCAACUGUAACAAUGUUAUAUCAGGCCCUGAAUUUGUACAUCCCAGAACAGGAAAUACAUUUUCUAUUCAUGAUUUUUUGAAUUGCCAAUCUGAUCGGGUGAUCUAUUUGAUCAAAUGCCCAUGUGGGCCAAACGUGGGCCAAACUUCCAUAUCUGUGAAGUGACGUGGGCCAAACUUCCAUAUCACUCACUAUACGGAUAGGUGAACAUAAAAGUACUUUACGUACGAAAAAGCGACAUGUAUCGCUGGCAAAACAUUUUAUUGACUAUUGGCAUUCUGUGGCCUAGCUUAGAUUCCAGGCAAUUCAGCGCAUCAAAAAGAAAAUUUCUGGAUGUUCUCUUUCAGACUCACUAAAACGAGCAGAACUCCGUUGGAUCUAUCGAUUGGACACAUUAUUCCCUCAUGGAUUAAAUGAGGAAUGCGACUUCAACCCAUUUAGGUAA